AUUCUGAACUAUGUGAAGUGCUUCACUGGACCCAAUAUUAUGGCCAUGCACACAAUGCUAAUAAACAAACCUCCAGGUACUGGCAGAAAGACUUCCCGGCACCCCUUGCACCAGGAUCUGCACUUUUUCCCCUUCAGGCCCAGCAAUCGCAUUGUUUGUGCUUGCACUGCCAUGGAACACAUUGACYUGAACAAUGGCUGUCUGGCUGUCCUCCCAGGCACUCACAAACUUCCCCUGAAGCCACAUGACUACCCCCAGUGGGAGGGUGGAGUUAACCCCGUGUCCCAUGGGAUCCAGAACUAUGACCAAGACCAUGCCCGAGUGCACCUUGUGAUGGAGAAGGGAGACACCGUUUUCUUUCACCCAUUGCUCAUCCAUGGAUCUGAUCGGAACCAAACUCAAGGAUUCCAGAAAGUAUGCAUCCAUGUUGUUCCAGUUUUGAAAGAUGAAUGGGUUCAAAAGAGAAAAUCAUAGGUACAUGUAAAAGGAUAUUUUUAUGUUUCAAGCACGACUUGUGAAAGGAGAAAGAACCAACAUUUGAAACAGUCCUUAAUUUUAACUCUUUUAAAGGAAAUCAGAAGAAACUAGGAGUCUAAGGAAAAUGUUUUCAUAUUGGGAUGAUGUAAUCUUUUCUAUCACUUGUUAACAAA